AUGUCAGAUGGUAAUGAAACCACAGUGACCCACUUUGUCCUCUUGGGCUUUGCCAGCAGCCCAGCUAUUCAAGUCGUCCUCUUCAUGGUAUUCCUGAUGCUCUACAGCUUGGUUCUGCUGGGAAACAUUGGGCUGAUGGUUCUGAUCAGAACCAGCCCCCAGCUCCAGUCCCCUAUGUACUUCUUCCUUAGCAAUUUGUCAUUGGUCGAUCUCUGCUACUGCUCUGUGAUUGUCCCAAAGAUGCUCGUCAAUUUCUUGGUAACGAAAAAGGGUAUUUCUUACGCUGGCUGCGGACUGCAGUUUUAUUUCUUCUGCACUUUUGCUGACACUGAGUCUUUCAUCCUCGCUACUAUGGCAUAUGAUCGGUACGUAGCCAUCUGUAACCCACUUCUUUAUACUGUCAUCAUGUCACCAAGGCUCUGCUUCCUGCUGGUUGCCCUCUCUUACCUUGGUGGUACAUUGAGUGCCCUGGUCCACACCUGCUUUGCCUUCAGACUCUCCUUCUGUGGCCCAAAUGUCAUCAACCACUUCUUCUGUGACCUCCCAUUGCUUCUGAAGCUGUCGUGCUCAGACACCUCCCUCAAUGAGCUCCUGCUCUACACAUAUGGGAGCUCAGUGGAAAUCAUGUCCUCCAUCAUCAUCAUCAUCUCCUACGUCCUCAUUGUCAUCUCGGUCCUGAAGAUGCACUCCGCUACGGCAAGAAGCAAAACGUUCUCCACCUGUGCCUCUCACUUGACCUCUGUCAUCAUCUAUGAAGGGACACUCCUCUUCAUCUAUUCCCGCCCCAGCUCCUGGUACUCACCCACCUCUGACAAAUACAUCUCUGUCUUCUACACCAUUGUUAUCCCUGUACUGAACCCCUUAAUCUACAGUCUGAGGAACAAAGAUGUGAAGAAUGCCCUCCGGAGAACAAUAGUCACUAAAGUCUUUGUUCGAGAGUCUCAUAACUGA